AUGGCGCCUUCUGUGUUACUAAAGCAAUGCAACACGAGCUUUCUCAAAAUUGGGGAAUCAAAGAAACAUGAGUUAUUCUGCAGGUUGGGUAGUUCCAUUUGUACUGCUACGGGCAGUGCUGAUUGCAUCUCUGUUGAAAAAGAAGUGGAAGACAAGAGCACUACUGUACUUACUAGCAAGAUUGAUGGUGGAGUUUCUUUGAAGCCUAAUAGACCUGCACUUGUUGUGAGCAGCACAAGCUGGACACCAGAUGAAGAUUUCAGUAUACUUCUGGAAGCAGCACUGAUGUAUGAUAGACGUGUUGCUGCAACAUUAGGUGAAGAGGAUUCAAUGGAUGAGGGGCAGCUUUGGAUUGAUAUCAAGAACGGAAAGCAAUUUGAUUACCCAAGAUUGCUUUUCAUUAUCACAGGUAAAGGGCCUGAUAGAAAGAAAUAUGAGGAACAAAUAAAAAGGUUGAAACUGAGACGUGUUGCCUUCCGGACUAUGUGGCUUGCAUCGGAGGACUAUCCUCUGUUGCUAGGAUCAGCUGAUCUAGGCGUAUCAUUGCAUACAUCCUCGUCGGGGCUUGAUCUACCUAUGAAGGUUGUUGAUAUGUUUGGAUGUGGAUUACCAGUUUGUGCUGCUUCAUUCUCCUGCAUCGAGGAGCUUGUGAAAGUAAACAGAAAUGGACUUCUUUUCUCAACAUCUUCGGAGCUUGCAGAUGAACUUAUGGUGCUCUUCAAGGGAUUUCCGGAGGAAUGUGACACCUUGAAAUCCCUGAAAGGUGGUGCUUUGAGUACAGGGUCAUCUUCCAAAUGGUCAACAGAAUGGGAAACUAAUGCACUUCCUUUGGUGAAGCAGGUGAUUGGCUAA